AUGACUGAAGUAAGCUCCGAACCGAAGGUUGUGGAGACUUCCGCAAGACACUCGGAAGAUGGUUCAACUAAUCCCACUUGGAAGCUAAAUGAGGAUGAAAACAACUGCUUAGAUGUGUAUCAAAACCCAGAGGGAGCAGUAAGCCCUGAAGAAAGUGCUAUAACACCAAAUGUUGUGCAAUCGAAAGGAUCUCCAACCCACGAUACAGGAGCUAUUGGGGAUAGAGGGAUACACAGUCCAGAAGUGCAUCAAGAUGAUCUCCAACCACAGCUAAGAAGUGAAGUUAGCUUUACGUCAACAGGUGCUACUGAUCCGCCUCUGUCGUCUGACAUGGAGCACUUUGGCGGAACUCCAACCACCAACGUACAGGAGAGUGGCGUGGAGAGGAAGAAUCCUUCCGAUGUUUCCUCAACCUUUGAGACAGUGGCAAAGUCUGAAACACCACCACCACCACCACCAUCUUUGCAAAAUCUGAAAUCGCAUUGUCCACCACCUCCAACUGCCAGCACAAAUGCGCAUGUCACUCCAAAGUCGGAUGACCUUCCUGCCGGUACAAAAUUAAGCGCUGAAGUAAUCCCCACAACUAAAUCUGAGUUUUCACUUCAAGUUUCCAAAUCUCCUCCAAUCAACCCAAUUGCUCCUGCCAACCGAGGAAAUAACAAGGCAGCCAUAGACAUCAAACCCUUGCAGGAAGAUGAUAAAUCCAAACCCCAAUCAGGUGGGCAGGAAAGCGGUGAGGAAAUACUCUCCUUCAAAGAAAGGCUAAAGCUAUUUGAACAACGAUGCACUACUAGUCAUCCACAAUUCGCCGUGAAAGCACCUUCCGCAGACGGUGUAAAAUCAUCGCAUCAAUUAAAUGAGAUGAAACAAUCUGUUGAUGAAAAGUCAAAUGAAGGAAGCAAGAUUGCACCUCAAAGGACUACUGUCACCGCUACCGCCUCCACGAAGACGUCUUCAAGCAGUCCUAAAUCCGCCCCCAGGAAAGACGAGCAUAGUGAGGUUCAAGACAGCGACAGCGACAGCGACAGCGAUGAUGAUGAUGAUUCAGACAGCGAUUCUACCACGUCCGACAGUGGAGAUAAUGAUAAGGAAGACAAAGAAGAAGAAGAAAAGGAAAGAAUGAUGAGAUUUUGA